AGCCAACUUUACAUCUCAGAGAAUGAGAAUCAAUGGUACGGAACAUGCAUAGCUUGAUGCAAGUUAGUUGUUUUCCAUGUCAAAAGGAAUGGCAGAUCACAAAAAUAUAAGCUCAAUGAUUCCCACAAAAAAGCAGUAAGACCUUUUUUCAGCUAUUAACAUGGAGCCAACUUGGAACUUGAUUUCAAAAGCUGAAGAUUCUCAAUAUUCCACUUUUAUGCAUUGUUAUAUAGUGUCAUCCUCGGAGAUAAAAUACCCCACAUGACUCACAAUUUGAUAACUGAAGCCUCUUGAGUUGCAUUUAUAGGGAAAAGAGAUGAACAUGAAGACAUUCAACAAAGUCCAAAUUCUCUAUUAUUUGUUCAUCUUCCAUACCACACUAUGUACUCCUAUAGAACAGUAUAAUCAUACCAACUACUGCAGUGAUAGGAAAACUGAAUCACAUUUCUUGAAUCCAAAUUCUUCUAUUAUGUCCCUAUUAAGCAACAUCACCAUAUGCAGAUCUCAGAAUCUCUACUGAGAACAUCUAUUGGACUUUUCCAAGUUUCUUCACUUGACUAUAAUGCUAGAUCACUAACCAUAUCUAACCCUUGUUCUUCUUCUCUCCAUUAUAUUUCUCCUCUGGCUGUUACUGCAGGCUUUCAUUCUCCUCCAGAACCUAACUCACUCCUUCUUUUCAACUGUUCAAGCACAAUAGAUUCCAUUCCACCAUUUAUCCGAAAUGCCAAAGGCUUGCUGCAUAACUGUGGACAUGCUGCUUCAACUUCUUCUAGGAUUCAAGAGCAAGAGAAAAAUCCAAAUUCAUGUUUUGUUAUUGAAGAUCUUCGAAAGUUUAACAAGGACUUUCAUCCUAAACAUUUGAACUGCUCUCAUUAUAGCUGGAUGCAUAGAAGCUCCUCAAAUGGCGAAGCUGAAGGGUAUGUGUUGGGAACAUGGAUGUCCUUUGAUGUGCCAAAUCAUGUGGAAGAUCUUUGUAAAGAGUGUGAAAAGCCCUAUCGCAACUGUGGUGUAGGGCUGAAGUUCUUAUGUCACGCAAAAAGAGUGCAAAUGGCUUCGUGACUCUGAUGAUGUUUUAGCAGAAGACAAGAUCAUCUCAGAAAGUGGGUCCACGAAAUCUGUUGGUAAUAAUGUUCUUCUCUCUUUUAUAGGUGUUGUUGCUUUCUUCAAGGAUGUAUAGGUAGCAUUUUUUAAGGAUGAAGGUCUUCAUCAUCAGAAAAACUUUGUUGCUAUAUAUGAUUACGUUGUAGGGAGGUUCAACACACACACAAGAUCUCUAUAUUGAUAAGAUAUUGUCCGUUGUGAGCCAAGCCCUCAGGAGUUUGCUUUUGGUACCACUCUAAAAGACCUCUUACUAGUGGACGUAUCUUAUGGAUAUAUAAUCCCAUGUCAAUCUCUUAUUUUA